AUGGCCUUUCCCUUUCUGCGCGCCUUUGUCGCAUUGUUCAUCUAUCGCUACUUCCGCCUCGUGGUGAACCUCAUCUCUUUCUGGUCAUUUAAGCCGAUCCCGCCACCGGAGAACCCGAAACUCACCUCGCAGGAUGUCUCGGUCAUUAUUCCCACCCUCGAGGGCUGUGGCGAGGAAUUGGUGGAGACGAUCCGGUCGAUUCUCGACAAUCAACCCUACGAGAUCCUGCUGGUCACUAUCGAGGCCAACCGGAAGAAGGCCGAGCGCAUGCUGAGCCUGAUGCCGGCCUCCAAGUCGCGCAUCCGCCUGUUCACCGUCACCCACCCCAAUAAACGCCGCCAGAUGACCCGCGCCAUCCCCGAGGUCCGCACCGCCAUCACGCUGCUCGCCGACGACGACGUGAGCUGGCCUUCGACCGUGCUCCCCUGGAUCCUCGCGCCCUUCGAGAAGGACGAGCGCUACGGCGGCGUCGUGACCUGCCAGCGCCUGCGUCGUGCCGCGUCGCCCACGCUGCCCCAGCGCGUCUGGGGCUACCUGGGCGCCUUGUAUCUGGAGCGACGCAAUUUCGACUGUGGCGCCACCACCAACGUGGACGGAGGAUUACCGUGCAUGUCCGGCCGCACGGUGGCCUAUCGGACCAAGAUUCUCCAGAAUGAGGGCUUCACCUACGGCUUUACGAAUGAGGAGUGGUGGUGGGGGAAGUAUCAGCUCAAUGCGGACGACGACAACUUCAUCACUCGCUGGAUGGUCUCGCAUGGCUGGGAGACCUUUAUGCAGUACCACCCUGAGGCCGAGGUGCUCACCACCCUCGAAGAUAAUCCCCGAUUCCUCAAGCAAUGCGCGCGCUGGUCGCGAAGCAACUGGCGGAGCAACCUGACCAGUAUGUUCCACGAGAAGCACAUCUGGUAUCGCCAGCCCUGGAGCGCCUAUGCGGUGCACCUGACCACCUUGUCGCCGCCGGCCUUGCUGGGAGAUCUUUUGUUAGUCUGGCUCUGCCACAAGGCGACCAUGCCCUGGGGCGAUAUUCCCCAUUUGCGUGCCAUGACGGCUCUGGGUCUGUGGAUGUUUACGAGCAAGUGGAUCAAGCUGCUGGGUCACUACAUUCGGUACCCGGUUGAUGUAUUCCUGCUGCCGGUGUCCAUCUUAUUCGGUUAUUUCCACGGCGCCAUCAAGAUGUACGCGGUGAUGACACUGAAUGUGCUGACCUUCCUUCCACAGACAACAUGGGGUAGCCGUGACGGCGCCGAUGACUACGACGCCGAGCGUAUGAAGAAGCGCACCGAUGCCGAUCGCAGGAAACAGCCCUACUACCCCAGCUAUCUCACCAAAUAA